CCAUCCAGGCGACUGCUGGAGUCGUCCCUGCUGUCGCUGUCUCGCUACGACAUGUCUGGAUCCAGAGACCACCCCAUCUACCCCGACCCAGCCAGGCUCUCUCCAGCCGCGUACUACGCCCAGAGGAUGAUCCAGUAUCUGUCUCGGCGGGACAGCAUCCGCCAGCGCUCGCUGCGGUACCAGCAGAACCGCCUGCGGGCCAUGUCCUCGUCCUCGGACAGCCCCCCCAGCAACCCCUCCAGCUCCAUGGACAACAGCGACGUCGACUUCGAAGAGCUCGAUGACACCGGGGACAGAGCGAGACACAGGACUCCUCGUAACGCCAGGAUGUCGGCGCCCUCGCUCGGCCGUUUUGUCCCGCGGCGGUUCCUCCUCCCGGAGUACCUGCCCUACGCCGGGAUCUUCCACGAACGAGGACAGCCCGGCCUCGCCACGCACUCCUCCGUCAACAGGGUGCUCGCUGGGGCGUCCAUCGGGGACGGCCAGUCCGCCGUGGCCAGUAACAUCGCCAACACCACGUACCGUCUGCAGUGGUGGGACUUCACCCAGUUUGACCUGCCGGAGAUCAGCAACGCCUCGGUCAACGUCCUGGUGCCAAACUGUAAAAUCUACAACGACGCGAGCUGCGACAUCUCUGCGGACGGGCAGCUGCUGGCGGUCUUCAUUCCCAGCAGCCAGCGGGGCUUCCCAGACGAGGGCAUCCUGGCCAUCUACUCCCUGGCCCCCCACAACCUGGGGGAGAUGCUCUACACCAAGAGAUUCGGUCCCAAUGCUAUCUCCGUUAGCUUGUCUCCGAUGGGCUGCUACGUGAUGGUGGGUCUGGCCUCUCGCAGGAUCCUGCUGCACCCCACCACAGACCACAUGGUGGCGCAAGUCUUCCGUCUGCAGCAGCCCCACGGAGGAGAGACCUCCAUCAGGGCUCUGCUUCACACCUCCACCUGUCUAAAAACACCCAAAUGUAAUGUUGUGGGUGUUGUUGGUGCAGGAGAGGCCGCGGAGGUCUCGGGGGAGGACGCGCUGGCCCGGAUCCGCCGGCUGAUCGCCGAGGGCGGCAUGACGGCGGUGGUGCAGCGGGAGCAGAGCACCACCAUGGCGUCCAUGGGCGGCUUCGGCAACAACAUCAUCGUGAGCCAUCGCAUCCACCGCGGCUCGCAGACGGCGGCGGGGGCGUCCCGGCUGCCGGCGGACCCCCCCGUGUCGCCCCCCCCGGCCGAGCAGCUCGCCGCGUGGGGCCCGCGGGCGCCGCCGGGGCUCUCGCUCGGCGACGUGGACGACGUGUUCGACGGCGGGCGGACGGACGACGACGACUCGCCGCCGGCCCCCUCCUCUUCCUCCAUGCUGCUGUCGUCCCCCUCCUCUUCCUCCGCCUCCUCCUCCUCUCACAGCCCCCGCGGCGGGGGGGGCGUCUCCAACGGUUACCCCGGCGACCCGUACAGUAGGUAGUCCACCUUCGGGCCAAGAGAAGCCGGGCGCUUCGGCGGACUAGAGCGCUCCUCAAAGCCUUAACUCAGAGACCCGGGGGCUGCUUGGACUCUGCACAGGGUCUCCCGCCCGCAUAAGAAGGGGCGCCCCCCCCCCCCCCAGCCCCCACCCUCCUAUCUCUUUGGCGUGCACUUCCUCUGCACUUAUAAAAACUGGACUGAAGCUGAAGCGUCAUCAUUCCUCUGCAGAAAGGGUUCUACUUGAACGAGGGCGCCGUUAG